GUAGUAAAAGUGCUGCCAAAGAGCAAGGAGGUGAAAUAAACCUCGUUGGCGCUUUAAGCGGCACCUGUCGUCCCAGCAUCCUUUGCGCGUCCAACAUGGAGGAACUGGAGGUGGAGGUCCGAGGCUCCAACGGAGCUUAUUACAAGGGCUUAGUGAAAGAUAUUCACAAUGAUUCACUCACCAUUGCUUUUGAGAACAAUUGGCAACCAGAACGCCAAGUGCCCUUCACUGAUGUCAGGAUGCCUCCUCCUGCUGAUGCCCCAAAAGAGAUUAAGGAGGGUGAGGAGGUGGAGAUCCUCUCCAGGGCCAAUGACCAAGAGCCUUGUGGUUGGUGGCUGGCUAAAGUCUGCAUGAUGAAAGGAGAUUUCUAUGUGAUUGAGUAUGCAGCCUGUGAUGCAACCUACAAUGAGAUUGUGACCUUUGAGCGCCUUCGCCCAGUCAACACUAACAAGGCAAUCAUGGAGAAUUACUUUCACAAGUGCAGUAUCCCUGUUCCCCAAGAUCUACAAGAGGCGUGCCAGAGUGAUAAUGCCCAUAAAGAAUUUAAAAGGGCUGUGGAAGCCUGUCAAGUGUCAUACUGUCCUGAGACCAGUGAGCUCAUCAUUGUGUCCACCAAUGAGUCAACAGUGAAGCGUGUGUCUUUGCUGAGUGACAUGCAUCUCCGCAGCCUCAGAACUAAGCUUCUGCUAAUGUCUCGCAACCAGGAAGCCACCAAACACCUUGAGAACUCCAGACACCUGGUGUCGUCCUUCCAGGAGGAAUUUACGGUGAGACCAGAUUUGAUGGGACUGGCCAUUGGUAGCCAUGGCAGUAACAUUCAGCAAGCACGGAAAGUUCCAGGCGUCACCGCUAUUGAUUUGGAUGAAGAGACUGCUACCUUUAGAAUUUAUGGAGAGACAGCGGAAGCAGUGAAAAAGGCAAGGAACUUUCUCGAAUUUCUGGAGGAUUCUGUCCAAGUACCAAGAAGCCUUGUUGGUAAAGUCAUUGGUAAGAAUGGCAAAGUAAUUCAGGAGCUUGUGGACAAGUCUGGAGUGGUGAGGGUCAAGAUAGAAGGAGACAAAGACAACAAGCAACCUCGGCAAGAAUUGACACAGGGAAUGGUCCCCUUUACCUUUGUCGGUACGAGGGAGAGUAUUGGAAAUGUUCAGGUUUUGUUGGAGUACCACAUCUCUUAUCUCAAUGAGGUUGAACAGCUUCGUCUUGAACGGAUGCAGAUUGAUGAACAGUUGCGUCAGCUCACUCAGGGCCACCGGACAACAGACAGGGAAAGAGGGGAGCGAGCGGAGCGAGGAGGAAGGGGAAAUAACACGGAUGGCAGUGCCAAUGCUUCAUCUUCAACGCCGCAUGUCGGUCGCUCCUAUAACAGUCGGGGCCGUGGACGCAGGGGCAACAACUACAGCACGGGCUACGGCACCAACUCCGAGCAGUCCAACGCCUCUGAGACUGACUCUGAGCGUCGAGAUGAGCUCAGUGACUGGUCUUUGGCUGGGGAGGAUCAGAACAGGGAAAGGGAAAGAGGGCCACGUCCACAAAGAGAUAGUCGCAGGCGGCCUGGACCUGGCAGAGGACGAGGGGGACGAGGAAGAGGAGGAUACAGUAACAGCUCAGCAGGGCCCCGGGAUGACAACGGUGCCUACGUCGUCUCGGAGACCAACACAGAGACAGACCAGACGGCCGACACCGAUGCGAGCGAUUCUAACUUGCUUGUCAACCGCCGGCGAAGAUCUCGACGACGUAAAACAGAUGAGGACGCCACAAUGAUGGAUGGAAUGAGCGAGUCUGACAACGCUUCAAUGAGUGAAAACGGAAUUGAUGACUCUGAAGCGCUGCCUCAACGCCGUAACCGUAGUCGACGACGUCGUAUUCGCUUGCCUGAAGAGAGGCAGCCAGUGACAGUGGCUGACUUCAUGUCCCGAGCCGACUCUCAGAGCAGACUGAUCUCGACCAAGGAAACUAAGAAAAACACGGAUGAGGUUCAGGCGAAUGCCACAGCCGAGCACGGCCCAGAAGUUGUCUCGACCACCACCAACGGUUCCAACGGCGCUGCAGAAAAUGGCGACACUGCCCCAGACGUCUCCGCCGAGGGCUCCAACAAUGUCGACCCUGACCUCCAAUCUGCUGUAAACGGUCUCUCUUUGUCAGACCCAAGCUAAAGAAUAUAAUUGAAAAUAUUUUGGAGUCUCAGUCACGUGAGUAAGUCUCAGAUGUUAAGAUUGCAGCAAGAACUGUUUUUUUUUUUGUUUUUUUUUUUACAUUAGGGAAAUUUGAAACCUGUUUCACUGUGCACAUUUUAGUGGUCUGUACUUGCACCACCUCUUUACACACUCCUGUCCGACUAUCCAUGCAGUUAAGUCUAUUUCUUCUAGCAGCUCUUCCUGUACAAGCUUGCCAAAGAUAGUCUAACACACAAGACUAUGGAAAUGUUCAUUUUCAGUCCAAGGAAUGAGUGUGAACUUAGUAUUUCAAAUAGUCAGGGAUUCCACUCAAGCCCAUACUGCGGUAUUGACGCUCCUUCUUUUUUGUAAAGGUUUCGGGACAUGAAGACGCUUCCAAAACACGUUCGGAAUAUUGUGCAUCUGAAGUACUUCACUGUUUGUCUGCAUGGGCAGUACCACAAUGCAGCUGGGUUUAUCGGAAGCCCCUGUAUGCUUGACGUUGACGUGAUCAGCUGUUGUGCCUUGAGGAUAGUUUCAAACCUGAUGCGCACAAUAUCUGAAAGCUUUUGGCUUGGUUUCAGUCGUUGAUGCUCGCUCGCCGCAGUCGGACCAGACGGCUCGUUUUUAAACGCUCGCUCGAGGGCUGGCGAACGCAACCACUGAAAAGAGCUGUAAAAAUACUUUCAGAGGCAUAUCUUUUAAAAGUCAGGUGUGACUGUUCUAAAUGUUUGUUAUCCUUUAUAUACUAAUAAGUUUGACGUAGCUGCUUUCUCUUUUUCUAUAUGCAACCACUUUGUCCACCAGGAAAUGUUAAGAAAAAAAAACGGAGGGUUGUUUCCUUUGCACUGAAAUGUAUUUUUCUGUCAAGAGGCAAAUGUGUUCAGAACCCGCCUUGUUCCUGUUUCGGUUCUGAACAGAGGUGUAGCGAACAAGUACGGUGUCAUGAUUUUAGUUUGGCUGGAAACCGGUGACGACUUUUCCACAAAGGAAGGUUUAUUUAUUUUAUGUACAGUAUUUAAAAAAAAGACAAAACUAAACAAAAGGCAACGUUUAACUUGACACUAAAAGCAACAUCAUGAAAGGCUUUGGCACAAAUGACAAAUUUGGACUACUAAAAGUUGCGCCAGCUCAAGUUUUUCCUGUUGGGUCGACAACAGUAUUUGUUUUUUUUCUAAAUGAUCAUUCUGUUUGGUUGAUGUGCAAUAUGUUUUGUAUGCAGGUAGUUCUUAAAUAAAUAGGAUCUUCCGUGUAGAUCUAAAAGCUG